AUGGCCAAGCAAAAAGCAAAGAAGAAUGUACAGUCCUAUCUCGGCAAGUCUGGGCCAGACUUUCAGAAGAAGAAGACCAAGGUUGGGCGCAAGGCCAUCGCUGAAAACGCCACCAACACCUCUUUCGCCACAAGGAGCAUCAACCUCCGGACCCAGCUCCAGCGGGAUGAUGAUGAGCUUGUCAAUGAGCGCGGACAGGGCCUCAAGGAUCUGAGUGCCAAGUGUAGCCACCACAAUGCACAUACAAGGGCCGACAGCUUGCAAGGUUUUGUUCAACUCAUCGAGCUACACCCGGCCGUGGUGGAACAGCCUUCUUCGGUCCUCCGCAUCCUCGAAGCCACGCUGCGUCUGGUCAACGAUGACCACGCGCCUGUCCGGCGUGCCCUCGCCCAGCUACUGCACCUGCUAGCCCAUCAAGUGCCGCGCGCCCUAUUACAGCCGUUCCGAGAGCUGAUCGUGGCCCAGACUGUGAUUGCCAUGACAAGCCUGAACCAUGAUGUGCGCUACGAUGCACUCGAUACGGUGGCGCUUUGGCUCGAAUUUCUCGACUUGAGCCCUGAGGCUCGGCGCCAAUUGGCCAACCAGCUGCUCCUCAUGAUCUCUUCCGAAACACAAUCCAGCUCUGGCCAGUUGACGCGCGCUAUCGGCACAGCUCCCAAUAGUCGACUUGCCAAGCAAAAAACGCGUAUCCGCGUCCUUGGCUUGGUGCAACAGGCACUUCAGCUUGACGCCAGUCCAUCUGUCACCACACCACCCAGUCAGGCCCGGCAGCCUACGGCUGCUGGUCAACGACUUGGCCUUGGCGGCAGCUUUGUGCGCAAAGCUGCAGAGAUUCUGACCGUCUCCAAUGGUUCGGCACCGACAGACCACGCAGUUGACCCCUCUCUCCUGGCCGUGCUUGAUGGCACGUGGCGAGAACUGGUGGGCGAUGGCGAGCUUGAUGCCGACUCGGACUUGUCAUCCCUCCAAGCUAUGAUCAUUCUUGUGAGCAUUAUUCGGGUCGUGGCCAAGGACACGCGCCUCAAAACUGCAGAGGAGACUGACAUGCUACACUCCCUAUGUGCCGAGCUACUGCACCAUCUGCCGAUGGCGCCUCUCGCCAUUGUCGAGGGCACUGUGGCUCCUGCAAGCCAGACCGCCCUUCUUGACAUCAACCUCGGCCUUAUGGAGCUGGCCGCCGCCUUUCCAGGCGAUGACUUUUACUUGGUGGCGAAUCAAGGCGCUCACGUGCUGCUCACUCAAUUGUUGGAAGCCGCCGCCACUGUCCCGCGCGUGCUUGAGCUCCUGACGGCGCGGAUCGAGCGCCUGGGCAUCCGCUUCAAGCAACUCAUGACGGACACUCGGGAUGGCGCGCUGCUGCGUGCUUAUAUCGCCUUUAGCCAGCAGCUGGAGCCGGGCUCCGCCAUUUCGCUCUUUGUGGAUGGCCAACUUACCGAGUGGCUCUUGAGCGUGGAACUGGAUACAGCAACCGCACAGAUGGUCGCCAGUCUCUGGCUUGUGGAGUUGCCAAAGCGACUAUGGCAGAUGGGAGCCAAACACCUGGACGCAACCGGCCAGCUGCUAAACAUGCUUAUUUUAGUUCUUCAGCGUCUUGAUACUGGGGAGGAAGCGGCUGCAACAGCCCUGACACGUCUCGCCGGGCGAUACGCUGCUUACUUUUGCGCGGCACGGCGUGGCUCCCAUGUCCUUGGACCAUUUCGCAAGUUACCCGCAAACCUACAGCAUCAGGCCAUGGAUCUCGUGCUGCAUUUGCUACCGUUUGAUGCGAAACUGUUGGCAGAGGUGGAACGAGCCAUUCUUGCCUUGAACCAGGC